ACGUUAUUUCCUAUGCUAAAAUGCUAAAUACUCCACUAUAUAUAUAGCCACCCUUCUUCUUGAAUCUCCAUCACAAUCACACACCUCUUCUUCUCCAGUUUUCUCGCGUUCUUAUCAAGCUAAGCAGAUCAGAUUUCCAUCAUGGCUUUGAAGGAGGAAUUUGAAGCUCACGCUGAGAAAGCUAAGACAUUGCCCGAGAGUACCACCAAUGAGAACAAGCUUAUUCUUUACGGGCUUUACAAGCAAGCCACCGUUGGCAAUGUCAACACAAGCCGUCCUGGCAUAUUCAACAUGAGAGACAGAGCAAAGUGGGAUGCAUGGAAGGCUGUUGAAGGAAAAUCCACCGAUGAAGCCAUGAACGACUACAUCACCAAGGUGAAACAGUUGCUGGAAGAAGGUGCUGCUUCAGCAUAAGGCUCAUCUAUCUAUGUUGUUAAAUUGUUAUUGGAAUUGGACUAUGUGGCUUGUCUGAUUUUAGUGUAUCAGCAGGUGUAUGCUUUUCCUGGCUAGGAAAAAUUUUACUGCUAUAAGUAUGUUUGAACCUUCUAUCAAUAAACCCCUUAAAAAAUUUGAAUUUGGUUUCUUUA